AAGUCACAUUUGAGUGUCGAGGUCAAACUCCACAACCAUGGCGGGAGCUUACAGCACUUCACCAUGUUUCGUUCGACCUCACGCUCUCCUUUCAAGGAAACCUCUUUUGCUAGCAUGUGCCGUAAUUACACCGCGCCCAAGAAAACUCACAAAGAGAAAAAACUAUCUCCGUCCAAAAAUACUCAAAACCCUAACUAAACCCUACAUAAACCCCCGAACUGAACCAAUAAUAAGUCCCCUUGAAACCCCAAUUCAACACACCCACAUUUUGCCUUCUGACCAAGUCACUGGAGACGAGCUGAAACUGCCGGAAAAUCAAAAACUCCGGCUGCCGGAAGUUUCAGAGCCCGCCGGAGUUGUUAAUGACACUGCAGGUACUUUCUAUGAAACCCCACUUCAACAAACCCACAUUUUUUCCUCCGACCUAGCCGCCGGAGACGAGCUGAACACGUCGGGAAAUCAAGAACUCCGACUGUCAGAAGUUUCAGGCCCUGCCGGAGUUGUUGAUGCAUCUGCAGGUGUCUUUACUAAAAGCUCGUUACUGAAAUUUGGGUUGUGGGUAGUUGGAGCCUUUGUAUUUCAAACGGUUUGUGCUGUUUGGGUACUUGGUUCAGCUGAUUAUAGUGGAAAUAAUGGAACUUCGGAUCGUAAUGGCUAUAAAAAUGAAGUCCUGGAUUUGGAAGGUAAAAGUAAGCACAAAUUGAGAAUGUUUGUGAAUGGAGACGGAAAGCAAAAUGGUGAAAAUGGGGGUAUUGUAUUUGUGGAUGAGACUGAAAUGGAGAAAAAGAUCAAGGAAAUUCGACAUAUGGCAAGGGAGGCAAGAGAGAAGGAGAGGUUGGAGACGAAGGGAAGUAACGUCGAUGAGGAGAGCGAGGAUGGAGAAGAUAGUGAUGUUAAAAUUGGAAUAAAGAAGGAAGUUGACGAACGAUUAAUCAAGAUGAGAAAGAGACUGGAGAAGGGUAGCGACAAGCAGCCUGCAAAUUCUGUUAAUUAUCCAAGGGUGGAUGUUGAUAAAAAUGGCAGGAAACAUGGUGUUAAUUUGGAUGAGAAAGAGCUUAAUGCUGCUUUAAUAUUUAAAAGAAAGCAUAAAAUUAGAGAUUUCGGCAGUAAGCCAAGUAAUAAACCAAAGGGUUUUGUGCCCCCUGAACAUCCAAGUGCUGGUACAAAUGGAGAAAAAACCGUGGAGGGCAACACUGAAGUACUGAAGAACGGAAAUGGAGAAGGUGGAGUCGAUGUGUCAGGCGAUGAUGAGGUAGACCUGUUCACCCUUGAUUCUCACAGAGGUGCUAUCAUGAAUUUUGGUGAAAGCAUAGAGAGAAAAGAGAACACUGAAGAGGCAGAAUCCGAAACACCUGUACAGAUGAAGAAAUCAUCCGAAAACAACCUGAGGCGGGAAAAAGGAAGGUGUAUUAAAAAAGUUGAAGGUGGAAAAGUUGAUGUUGUCAAAUCUGUCAAGAAGAACUCAUUGGAGACGAGAGGGCGGAAGAAAAAAAGAAUUGCAUCAGACUUGGAGGAAUCUGAACCAGGAAUCGAUAUUUCGGUAGAUAGAAAUAAUGGGAGCAGUUUGUUUGAAGCUGUAGACUCAAAAGAACCAAUUCAGGAGACAGGAACUAUUUCAAAUACUGGAAACACUUUGGUUGAAGUUGUGGACUCAAAAGAAUCACAUAGUAUGAAGAGUACUACAACAAUGAACGGACACAAGAAGUCAAAUCGAAAUGGAGCUUCAAAGAUGGAGGAGGUUAAGGACCAAAAAGUAGUGAAACCAAACGGGGGUAUGAAAUCAGGAAAUGAUACUGACUUGUGGUGGUUCAGUCUUCCUUAUGUUCUUGUUAUUCGCAUGAGGAGAGGUCAUGAAGAUGAAGGACCAGAAGGAUUAUUUGCCAUAAAAAGUAGCUCUAAUGCGAAUGGUAGCUCAUCUCAUACAGUUGCCUUUGAAGAUCGUGGUGAUGCCACCAAUUUUUGUUAUCUCUUGGAGUCCUUCUUUGACGAUUUAGGAGACUUCAGUGCUGAAAUUGUCCCUUUUCCUGUUAAAGAACUUAUCGAGGCAGUUAGAUCACAUGCUAUGAAGGCAAUCGUUGUGAAGAAGGGGAAACUGAAGCUUUAUGCUGGACAACCAUUAACUGAUGUUGAGAUGGCCUUGCGCUCAUUGGUUGAACCAGAAUAAUCUCUGUUGAAGAAGAAUAGAUCCUUUGUCUCUCUAGAGAAAUUUUGGUGAUAUCUUGGCAUCUAUGCUAAUGAGAUUGAAGCUGCCCGUCCUUGAUUGCAGCAGAUACAAGAAAUGAGGGUCUCUCUAUCUUAUCAAUGGACCAACAUAUGGCAUUUUAUCUGUGGGAUACAAUCUUGUUUUGCUUCACUUGAAAAAUCAUUGAAAGAUCAAAUAGAGCUUUUCAUUUUCUUACUAGGGGCUACCCUUUUUUCUGUCUAUUUAUGAGGCUUGGAGAACUCAUGCACAAUGUGCAUUUGUUGAGAAUCAUCUAUGUAAAACAUACACACAACGCCACAUUAUUUCUGUGCAUAUAAUUAAACGGUUUUCCCUUUUA